CUGUGAGGGGAGGGUCUUCGAGUUGUCGCCCGCGUGAAUUCGGGGGCCCAGUGAAUGUCUGAGAGGAACCUUCACUCCAAACCCCGAGUCAGUCCGAACCCAGGUCUCUCUCGUCUCUGCCUCGACGACUUUUUCUUGUACCACUUUCCCCUCCUUUUCCCCUGGGGUCCUUUUGGUCCCUCCCCUCUCUCUUCCCCCUCAAAAAGCCGAAUUUCGCAUAUUCUCAGCUGUGAAGAGAAAAUUUUGCCGGAAAUUAAAACCUUCCUUCUAUUAGGCAGUAGUCGGUUGAUGGGAGGGGCUAAAGAUCGCUUGGUGUCCUGACAAGAUGCGUUACUGUCUUGCUAAGAUCAUCUUUAAUGCUUGAGGGAAAAUAACUAACUGCAAACCUAGAACUUUCGGAUUACUAUCCAGCUUGAAGAAGGCUUGGAAUCUUAGUGAGACCCAGGAGCCUGUGGGAGAGGCCUCUGCAAACACGCUAUUGACCUACAAAGACAUGACCACCAACACCAGCCCCACGCACCCCUACUGGCCUCGGCAUCUGAGACUAGACAACUUUGUGCCUAAUGACUGCCCCACCUGGCAUAUCCUGGCUGGCCUAUUCUCCGUCUCUGGAGUCUUAGUUGUGGCCACAUGGCUGUUGUCAGGGCGUGCUGCGGUCGUCCCACUGGGGACUUGGCGGAGACUGUCCCUGUGCUGGUUUGCAGUAUGUGGGUUCAUUCACUUGGUGAUUGAGGGCUGGUUCAGCCUCUACCAUGCGGACCUUCUCGGAGACCAAGCCAUCUUAUCUCAACUCUGGAAAGAGUAUGCCAAGGGAGACAGCCGAUACAUCCUGAAUGAUAACUUCAUGAUAUGCAUGGAGACUGUCACGGCUUACCUGUGGGGACCACUCAGCCUGUGGGUGGUGAUUGCUUUUCUCCGCCAUCAACCCCUCCGCUUUGUCCUACAGCUUGUGGUCUCUGUUGGUCAGGUAUAUGGAGAUGUGCUCUAUUUCCUGACAGAGUACCAUGAUGGAUUCCAGCACGGGGAGCUGGGCCACCCACUCUACUUCUGGUUUUACUUUGUUUUCUUGAAUGCCCUGUGGUUGGUGCUGCCUGGACUCCUCAUACUGGAUUCUAUAAAGCAACUUGCUCAUGCCCAGAGCAUACUGGAUGCCAAAGCCCCCAAAGCCAAGAGCAAGCAGAACUAAAGAGUGAUGAACUAGGCUUAAACACUGGCUAUUGAGGAACUCUCCACCUGCCAGAAGAUUCCAAUCCUUGCUCCCACAGGUUGGAAGGACAAAUCGAAUUGAUCUGUCAAACUCAGGUUGAUGGGUGGGCAGUGGGAAGAAAGGAGCCAUGUGGAGCCAGUCAGGAGCCAAUGGGACAAAGGUACAAGAGAACCUAGGAAGUCUGUGAUGGGGACAAUUUUUUUUUUUUAACUUUACAAUACUGUAUUGGUUUUGCCAUACACUGACAUGAAUCCACCACAGGUGUACAUGAGUUCCCAACCUUGAACCCCCCUCCCACCACCCUCCCCAUGUCAUCUCUCUGGGUCAUCCCAGUGCACCAGCCCCAAGCAUCCUAUAUCCUGUAUCAAACCUAGACUGGCGAUUCGUUUCUUACAUGAUAGUAUACAU